AUGAAGCGCAUCUGGUACCGGUGUACCUCAUUUGUUCAUCUCUUUGUUGUGAUAUUUAUUGCUCAUACUGAAUUGAAUUUAAUAAAUCUUUUCCUCUACAAACCUCAGUUGAUAAUCAAUGAUCCCUCUCUGGUUCGUAAUGACCAGUCCAUCUCGCUCGACGUUAAGUUGCCUCUGGGUGCCAACCUCAGCUCCGGUGACCACGAACUUGACGUACCCGAUGCUCCUGGCUCAUCACAACUGGAACCCAAGGGCGAUACUGGUCUCAAUGGCAUCCCACAUAUCUCGGCGUCCAGCAAUGGUGGGCCAAUCACUUGUGAGGUGACCACUCAUUUGAUACAGCCCAACUCUGGGACACUACAAGAUUCACUCGGCCUGCAGCAGGUGGAGCGCGUGAAGAUCAAACAGCCCCUUGAUCGACUUAAGUGCUGCUCUCUCGUAUAG